AUGGCUGCAGCAGCAGAUCCGACUCCAUGUGCAGCGCAGCAGCUGCAGCAGCUGCUGCUGCAGGAGCUGCCAGCGUCGUCUGCUGCUGCAGCAGAACAGCAGCAAGGCAGCAGCAAUAUAGCAGAUUGGCCUGCUGAUGGGGCAGCUGUGGGGGGCCCCUCAGAAGCAGUAAAGAGACUGCAGCAGCAAAGUAGAGGUGCAGCAGCAAGAGCAGCAGCACCAUUUGCUGCUGCCUUGUGUGGCAUGCGCAGCAGCGACGGCAGCAGCAGCAGCAGCGCAGCAGCAGCAGACAGCAGCAAAAGCUGCAGCAGCACAAGUCACCCGGUAAGCAGCCCAUCGGCAUCAGAAGUUGCUGCAGCAGCAGCAGCAGAGAUUGAUGAUGAUGAUUUCUUGCUGCAGCAGCAGCACACCACGAACAGCAGCAGCAGCAGCACGAGCAGCAGAUUGGCAUCAAGGCGUCCUGUGGCUCUACAAGCAGGUCUUACAUCUCCUGCUGCUGCUGCAGCAGCAGCAGCAGCAGCAUCUUGUCGCCCCUCCCCUUCUGCUGCAUCAGAGGGCAGCCGCAGCACGAGGGCAUCAACAAGGCCUAAGAGGCAGUUAGCGCGUCGUGAUGGAGAGCAGCAGCAGCAGCAGCAGCAGCAGCAGCAACUAUGCAGCAGCGUAGGAGGAAGCAUCAGCAGCAGCAAACACCAAAAAAGAUCUAAUCAGCAGCAAGCAAGAAGCCGUCGUUCUUCUUCCCUGGAUCCGCAUGCAUUAGAUGCUGCUGCUGCUGCUGCUGCUGCAGGGUCUAAUGGGGAUCCUGCAGCAGCAGCAGCAGCAGCAGCUGUUGCUGCAUGCAGCAGCAGCAGCAGCCUCAAUGGCAGCAGCAACAGCACUGUAUCCAAUCUCUCCUCUAUUAAGCAGCAGCAAGAGGAGCUGCUGCUGCGCAGCACACCAAGGGACCGCAGCAGCAGCAGACCUGAUGAAUGGCUACCUAUAAGAAGCGAGAGGCAGCAGCAGCAGCAGCAGCAGCAGCAGCAGCAGCAACCAUCAGAUAAUCAACUUAGACAGCUGGGCGUACACUUCAGCCGUUAUGAUAACUCAUGGGUAGCUCGUCUUCACGUUGGUGGUAAGAUAUUAAAGAAAUAUUUUUCCUCAAAGUUGUAUGGAUUUGAGAAGGCGAGAGAAAAAGCCCUGCAGGCAAGAAAGGACAUGGAGCUAGACUUGCUGCGUAGCCAGCGGCAGCAGCAGGAGGCUGCUGCUGCUGCUGCUGCUGCUGCUGCUGCAGCAGCAGCAGCAGCAGGUGCAACAAAUGGUGGUACAAAUACCACCAAAGGAUGCCCUAGUAACAAUAAUAAUAACCAGGUUAAUGGCGUAACAGCAACAACACCUACAGGAUUAUUAGCAGCAACAGCAGCAGCAGCAGCAGCAGCAGCACCGCUACCCCCGCUACUGUCUGCUGCUGCAGUAGAGGAAGAUUUGCUGCGCCCUGAGGAUAAUCUAAAGAAAGGGAUGUCUUUGUUCCAUUCUGCUGCUGCUGCUGCUGCUGUUAUGUUAGCGCAGCAGCAAGUUAUGCAGCAACUGCUGCUGCUGCAGAUGCAUUCAUCUGCAACUGCAGCAGCAACUGCACAACAGCAGCAGCAGCAGCAGCAGCGACAAAGACCAGGAGACAGUCUUAUGUCGCAAGCAGAGACAGCUGGAUACGCGCUGCAGCUAGAGCAGCUGCAGCGGCUGCAGCAACUGCAGCAACUGCAGCAGCUGCAUCAGCAGCAAUUUGCUACAACAUUCCUUCUUGCUGCUGCUGGCUGUAUUGCUGAUGGCAGCAGCAGCACGGUCCCUACACCUAGCAGCAGCAGCACACCUGGUGGCAGCAGCAGCAGCAGCAGCACCGGUUGCUGCAGCAGCAGCAGUGGCUGCUGCUGCAGCACACCUGGUGGGGAACCAUGUGGGGCAUCAGUAUGUAAGCUAGAGAGGCAGCAAGAGGAACAGGAGCAGCAGCAGCAGCAGCAACAGCAGCAGCUGCUGCUGUACGGACCUAGCAGAGGAAGAGGGGGAUCGCGUACUGGGUACACCUCCCCUAGUGGCUUUAGGAAGCGCUGCUGCAGCACAGUGGGAGGGGAGAGUUCUGCUGCUGCUGCUGCUGCUGCUGCAUUGGGUAGGCAGCAACAGCAGACCGGAGCAGCAGCAGGAGCAGCAGCAGCAGAUAAUAAUCCCCUGCUGCAGCAAACUGGCAAUGAAUCUCCUUUUACUGCUGUUGCUUCUUUGCUUGCUUCUCUUGGGGUACCAAGCAAGAACAGCAGCAGCAGCAACAGCAGCAACGGCAGCAGCAAACGUCGAGGCAAUUCAGCAGCAGCUGCUGCUGGACAGCAGCAGCAGGAUAUUGCCGGCCCCACACGUGAGGUGUCUCUGCAGCAGCAAACAACAGCAGCAGCAGCAGAUCCUUCUAGUAUUUGCUCCCCUUUAGAGCUGCAGCAGCAGGUGCAGCAGCGGCUGCAGCAGCUGCUGCAGCAGCUGCAGGGUCAGGACGACACCAGCAGCAGCACACGUGCAGAUGAUCCAAGACAGCAGCAACAGCAGCAGCAGCAGCAGCAAGAAGGAUCAUCUCCUUCUUUGCUUCCUGGUCUACAGGAGCUGCUGCAAUCCCUUGGUGCUGUCUCUCCUUCGGGGCAACCAGACAGUGCUGCAGCAGCAGCAGCAGCAGCAGCAGCAGCAGCAGGUAGUGGAGCUGCUGCUGGAGUGCAGCAGCAGCAACAACAACAACAGCAGCAGCAGCAGCAGCCCCAAGAUGAGCAUGCUGCGCGUCUUCGUGAGGCGGUGCAGCAGCUGCGCGAAGUGCAGCAGCAGUUCCUGCAGGAGCAUCAGGGUAGGCAGCAGCAGCAACAACAGCAGCAGCAGCAGCAGCAGCAGCAAGAAGAAGAAGAAGAAGAAGAAGAUAUGCAACAUGAUGUUGAUUCUGCUGCUGCUGCUCUUUUAGGCAGCAGAAACAAGAAGCACCGCAUCCCUGCGUAG